AUGGCGUCAAGGAAGCGCUUCCUCCGAACACUUCUUUAUACAACAUUAGGCGCUGCCACUGGCGGUACCGUUCUCUACAUAUCCUACCGGCCUCGCAAUAUCCCAGGCUCAGAUCCUGCUGUUGUCCCCCCUCCCAAGUAUGGCGAAGACGGGCAUAUCGAUCCACCUCGAUUUCCUCACGUCAAAAGUCGGGAAGACCAGAUCGAAGAUCUACAAAGCAGUGGCGGGAUCCAAGGGGCAAUAGCUGAGAAGAGCAGGGGAAUUUUUGGCUCAUUACUUGGUCGUGAUGAAGAAGCAUCCACGGGGGAGUCGAGCGAGCCAGAGCCAUACGAUCUGCUGAUCAUUGGUGGAGGGGCUACUGGCUCCGGUAUCGCCUUGGAUGCCGCGACGAGAGGCUUGAAGGUGGCGCUUGUGGAAAGAGACGACUUCGCCAGUGGAACUAGCAGCAAGAGCACCAAACUUGUUCAUGGUGGAGUCAGAUAUUUGGAGAAGGCUGUGUUUGAUUUGGACUAUAACCAAUAUAAGCUUGUUCGUGAAGCCCUGCGAGAGCGCAAGUACUUUCUGGACACGGCACCCCACCUUUCAACAUGGCUUCCAAUCAUGAUACCCAUACAGAAGUGGUGGCAAGCACCCUACUUUUGGGCAGGGACGAAGUUCUACGACUUCCUCGCCGGGAGCGAAGGUAUUGAGAGUUCGUAUUUUCUAACGAAGUCUCGUGCCAUGGAUGCCUUUCCCAUGCUGAGGAGAGACAACCUGUUGGGUGCCAUGGUUUAUUAUGAUGGUGCACACAAUGACUCCCGAAUGAAUGUUUCACUCGCGAUGACCGCUGCUCUGUACGGUGCGACAGUCGUCAAUCAUAUGGAAGUCACAGGAUUGCAGAAAGACUCAAAUGGUAAAUUGAUCGGUGCAGAAGUCAAGGACCUGAUCCAAGAAAGAAAUGGCAAGAAAGCAAAGCCGUUCUCAAUCCGCGCCAAAGGCAUCAUCAAUGCAACAGGGCCUUUCACAGACUCGAUUCGCAAAUUAGACGAUGCAGGUGUCAACGAAAUCGUAGCUCCCAGCUCCGGCGUUCAUGUCAUCCUACCUGGUUACUACUCACCGUCAAAGAUGGGUCUGAUCGACCCAUCCACCUCAGACGGACGUGUGAUCUUCUUUCUACCCUGGCAAGGAAACACGAUAGCCGGUACAACCGAUGCCCCAACAGACAUCACCCCAAACCCCGUCGCCGGCGAGGAAGAGAUCAACUGGAUUCUGAGCGAGAUCCGCGGCUACCUCUCACCGUCCAUCACCGUCCGGCGAGGCGACGUUCUCGCAGCAUGGUCCGGCAUCCGCCCUCUCGUCAAAGACCCACACAGUAAAAACACCGAAUCCCUCGUACGCAACCAUCUCAUCACGACCUCCACCUCUGGCCUAAUCACCGUCGCAGGCGGCAAAUGGACAACCUACCGACAAAUGGCUGAAGAAGCCGUUGACGCAGCCCUCGCCCAAUUCCGUCUCACCGUCCACCCCGUCACGAACGCCCCUUCCAUCUCAGGCACCGAAAUGAUCGACGACGCCGCUCCCCUCGACGGCACCUGCCAGACCCACGCCGUCCGCCUCCUUGGCGCCCACGGCUACAGCAAAACCCUCUUCAUCGGUUUAAUUCAACAUUUCGGCGUCGAAACCGUCGUCGCCAAACACCUCGUUGAGUCGUACGGCGACAGAGCCUGGACGGUCGCCGCGCUUUGCUCGCCUACGCCCGCUUCCCAGCGGUUUCCUGUGAGAGGCGUGAAGUUGGCCCCGCUCUACCCAUUCGUGGAUGGUGAGAUUCGUUAUGCGGUCAGGCAUGAGUAUGCGCAGACGUGCACGGAUGUGCUAGCUCGGAGGACGAGAUUGGCGUUUUUGAACGCGGAGGCCGCGUUGGAGAGUUUGCCGACUGUGGUGGAUGUUAUGGGUGAGGAGCUGGGGUGGGAUGCGGGGAGGAAGAAGAAGGAGUGGAAGGAUACGGUGGCGUUUUUGGUUAGUAUGGGGCUGGAUAGGGGUAAGGUGGGUCUGAAUACACUGAUGGGAAAAGCAGCUGACGUUGACGUGUAG